GAAUCGAACUGGGGUUGGAAUCGGAUAAUGUGAAUUCGGUUUUAUACUCCGGAUUCUUGCCCAACUCUCGCAGCAAAACAAGGCGGCCCCGAUUUGACGCCUCUCUCUCUCUCUCUCUCUCUCUCUCUCUAUUCACCAGCAAGUUUUCAACCAGCGGCGGCGAGAUGAAGGUAACGGUGAUGACGGCCGACGAGCAGAUUCUCACCCUCGACGUCGACCCCGAUGAAUCUGUGGAGAAUUUGAAGGCACUUCUCGAGGUGGAGACUAGCGUGCCGCUGCGGCGGCAGCAGCUUCACUUCAAUGGAAAGGAGAUGCAAAACUCGGAGAGGCUCAGCGCCGUCGGGGUCCGGGAUGGCGAUCUUGUCAUGAUGGCUCCCUCCAGUGAUAGGGCAUCUCAGGAUGUUAUAAGGGUAAAUCCUGAUGGAUCCGCUGUGAAUCCUCAAGCAUUUCAACAACAUAUUCGACGUGAUUCACAACUUAUGGCACAACUCCUUCAGAAUGACCCAUCAUUAGCACAAGCUAUUCUUGGAGAUGACAUAAAUGAGCUGCAAAAUACCUUGCGGUCCCGCCACCAACAGAGAAUGGAACUAAAGCGUAAACAAGAAGAAGAGCUUGCUUUAAUGUAUGCUGAUCCUUUUGAUGUCGAAGCUCAGAAGAAAAUUGAAGCUGCAAUUCGGCAGAAAGGCAUUGAUGAAAAUUGGGAGGCUGCGUUAGAGCACAAUCCUGAAGCAUUUGCUCGAGUGGUUAUGCUGUAUGUGGAUAUGGAGGUCAAUGGAGUACCUUUGAAGGCCUUUGUUGACAGUGGAGCACAGUCAACUAUCAUAUCAAAAAGCUGUGCUGAACGUUGCGGGUUGCUGAGGCUUCUUGAUCAGCGGUACCGAGGGGUUGCUGUUGGAGUCGGUCAAUCAGAGAUACUGGGAAGAAUACAUGUAGCCCCAAUAAAGAUUGGGCAUCUCUUCUAUCCUUGUUCUUUCACCGUAUUGGAUGCCCCGAAUAUGGAAUUCCUAUUCGGGCUUGAUAUGCUGCGAAAACAUCAGUGCAUGAUUGACCUAAAGGACAAUGUUCUUAGAGUGGGAGGUGGUGAGGUUUCAGUGCCCUUCUUACAAGAGAAAGACAUCCCUGCACAUAUACGUGAUGAAGAGAAAUUAUCUAAGCUAGCAUCUCUCGGCCAAGCAACUGGAGAAUCAUCAAAGGCACGUGAGGGGACUCCUGAUGUGCCACAGCGAACGCCUACUACAGGAGCUCCAGUUGCGAAUCCUCCACAGGGAGGAGAUUUUGAAGCAAAAGUCACGAAACUUGUUGAACUCGGAUUUGACCGAGCAUCAGUAUUACAAGCACUCAAGCUGUUUAACGGGAACGAGGAGCAAGCUGCUGCCUUCUUGUUUGGUGGUUAGAAGCUUGAGAGCAGCCAUUUCCGCCUCUCUGUUUGCUCAACCCUUUCGUUGUGGGGUUGAAUAUUGAUACGAAAGUGAUUGCGAUGUCUUCCCUUUGAGAAACCAGGCCAUUGUUCGGCCAAUGCAAGGCUUGCUUUUAGAGAUGCUUCAUAUUCAUUUUCCUUGAGAACAAACGUUCUUUCAUUCUGUACCUGAUACAUAGACUGAUAGUCUUUUAGACACCUGAAUGCAGACAAAAUUGUGAA